UUUAGUAAAUUUAAAAUUCAGUUAAGAAAAUGGGUGUCGAACGUGCUAACAAAAUUCCAAGUAUAUUUUUUACAUAUAAAACGACGAUUUUUGUGGCAAUAACAUUGGCAGUCCAUGCCGCACCGCUUGCUGAAGCUUCACACCGAAAUCGUAUCAAGGAUGAAUCAGCUGUUUCACAGGACUCUGUGUACAAUUACCUGAUGGAGUAUGAUUAUCUACCAAAGUCCGACAUCGAAACUGGCGCACUACGUACGGAAGAGCAGCUGAAGGAUGCCAUAAGAAACUUACAGCGAUUUGGCAACAUUCCAGUGACCGGCGAAAUCGACGCUGCCACACGUAAGCUUAUCAUGAAGCCACGUUGUGGCGUUGGAGACAGCAGUCACACGAAUAAUUUCUCACCGGAUAAUCUGCAACAUGGAAGUCGGAUGAAACGUUAUGUGCUGCAAGGACCUAAAUGGGAUAAAACGGAUCUAACAUGGAGGUAAGUGCUUGCCAAAAUUGCUUGUAAAUUUUUUGCGUUGCUCAU